CGGACAUACUCCAACCAAAAACCCUGGAUGGACGGAGAUAUCCGUACAAUGCUGAGAGCCUGUACUGCAGCAUUCAAUGUCAGCAGAAUGGACCCCGACGACUCGGUGGCAUGCGAGCAGGUACUAGCUCCGCAAAUCUAUUAGGAAUGCAAAAAGAUAAUACAGACUCAAACUUGAAUUGAUGUUCGACCACUCAGACUCGCGUCGCAUGUGGCAAGGACUACAGACUAUCAAAGACUACAAAGGUAAAUCCAGCUGUGCGGUGCCCACCGACACCUCCCUCCCAGACGCACUUAACACAUUCAAUGCUGUAGCUCAGUUGGUAGAGCAUGGCGCUUGCAAUGCCAGGGUUGUGGGUUCGUUUCCCACGGGGGGCCAGUAUGAAAAAUGUAUGCACUCACUAACUGUAAGUCGCUCUGGAUAAGAGCGUCUGCUAAAUUACUAAAAUGUAAGGCAGACAGUACAGAGCCAUCCAGGAAGAUUCUUGCUGUCCGGACAACCAGGUACUUCCGCUCUCCAAGGCUGAUAUGUGAAUACUCACAAAGCCGCCGGCCCAGAUGGCAUCUUUGGUCGUGACCUCAGUGUGUGCUGACCUGCUGGCGGGCGUUUUCUCUGACAUCUUCAACCUGUCCCUGUCCUAGGCUGUAGUCCCCACCUGCUUUAAGGAGACCACCAUCAUCCCAGUGCCCAAAAAAAAACAUGACAUUCCAAAAUUACUAUCGCCCGUUGCGCUAACCUCGGUCAUCAUGAAGUGCUUGGAGAGGCUGGUCAUGGCCCACAUCAAGGUCACCAUGCCAGGCACACUGGACCCACUCCAAUCUGCCCACCGCUCCAAAAGAUCCACGGAAGAUGCCAUUUCUAACCCUAUUCACACGGCCGUAACACAUUUGGACAAAAGGAACACCUACGUGAGAAUGCUGUUCAUUGACUAUUGUUCUCUCUGAGCUUGACACCAAGCUCCAAGCCCUGGGUCUGGACAACACCCUCUGCAACUGGAUCCUGUACUUCCUGACGGACAGACAACAGGCUGUGAGGAUUGGCAACAACUCCUCCACUACUCCUCAGUCCUCUGUUGCACUCCCUGUUCACCCACGACUGCGUGAACUUUGCCCCUCACCAACUCCCAGUUUGCUGAUGACACCACGGUUGUAGGUCUGAUAACCAACAACGACGAGUCAGCCUAUAGGGAGGCGGUAAGUGAACUGGCAUUGUGGUGUCAUGAGAACAACCUCUCCCUCAAUGUCAGCAAAACAAAAUAAUUGAUUGUUGACUUAAGGAAGCAGAGGAGGGAACAUGCCCCGAUCCACAUCAAUGGGACUGUAGUAGAGAGUGACAAGUUUUUUUUAAAUUCCUCGGCGUCCACAUCACCAAGGACUUGUCAUGGACCAACAACAGCGUCUCUACUUCCUAAGGCGUCUCUACUUCCUACGGCGGGUCCUCUCCAAAUACUACCGCUGCACCAUCGAGAGUGUCCUGACCGGUUGCAUCACAGCCUGGUACAGGAAUUGCUCCAUCCACGACCGCAAGGCCCUCCAGCGGAGAGUGAAGACGGCCCAUCACUGGGACCGUGCUCCCACCCAUCCAGGACAUCACUGGGACCGUGCUCCCACCCAUCCAGGACAUCACUGGGACCGUGCUCCCACCCAUCCAGGACAUCUACUCAAAAUGGUGCCUGAGGAAAGCACACAGCAUCAAGGAACUCACACACCCCAGCCAUGAGCUGUUCACUCCUUUACCAUCAGGCAGACGGUAUCGGAGCAUGAGGCCUGAUACCAACGGGCUCAGAGACUGUUUCUAUCUACAAGCCAUCAGACUGCUGAACACUUGAACUGGACUGACCAUCUACUCUGAUUCUCCGCACUUAGCACACAUCACAACUGCUUCUACCAGACUCUUAUUAUACUGCUUGUGUAAAUAUUGUACUAUAAAUUGUGCCUUCUUGUAUUAUACUUAUACAAAAAUGUACUUUGUUGUUUUUCUUAUUUCUCAUUGUUGUUGCAUUACCGAGAAGGAACCUGCAAGUGAGCAUUUCAUUGGAUGAUGUAUACCAUGCAUAUCCCGUACAUGCGACUAAUAACUUGAAACUUGUUGCUGUCUUUAACCAUGUAACAAUGUGUACCUACCUACACUGUAAUUACAUUGUACGCAUCCAUGUAAAUACAUAGGGACAUUGGCACCUGAUGUUCUUUUGUUGUGGUUCACAGGCGGCUCUAGCCCACCUGGAGUCCCUGGCCAUCGACGUGGAGCAGGCCCACCCUCCGGCUACAGAACAGAUCAUAGAGUGUCUGCCUCAAAUCACUAUAUUGGAGGACCCCAGUGGUAAGUUCACAGUGCUAGAAGACCACAGUGGUAGGACCACAUCUUCUUAUCCUAACAGACUGGCCCUUCCCUCCGCUCCCUUUGAAUUGGCUGUAUUGUUAAUGUGUGCAAUUGCCCUUUUUGCAUUGGCAACAAUAGACUGUCAUUCUGGGUGUAAGUAGUGAAAUACUGCUAAAUGUGCAAUAUAUUCAAGGAUUCCAUGAAUGUCAUAAUUCACAAUGACCUUUGAAAAAGAUCAAGCAAAACCAUAUUUCCAGUGGUGGAACGAGUAAGAUUAGUUAUUUUAAUUUUGACAUGUGCUAACUACUGUAAAUGGCCUAACUAAUGCAAUGGUUAAUACCAACAUGGAGUGCCUUUUGUAUCAGGAUCAAAAGACAUGUAA